ACAGGCUUGUCUUGGUGAAGGCAAGAAGGACAAACGGACUGAAUCUGUUUACCUGUAUGCGACUAUUGAUGGAAAAAAGCUUGUCCUCGGAACACUUUCUCCUGAGAAGUUCCCUCAGCAGCAGUUUGACUUAGUGUUCAACAAAAAAUUUGAGCUAUCACACAACUGGAAACAUGGCAGCGUCUAUUUCUAUGGAUAUAGAUGCGAUAAUCCAAUAGAUGAACAUCCUUUGCUUUUGUUUUUUUAAUGGAAUUCUAUUUCCUUCAUUUUUCACUGGUUUUUUUUUUUUUGUUUUUUUGUUUUUUUUGCUCUCCCUUGACUGCCUGUCUCUUUAUGAUCACAACUGAGGAUGAUUCUGAGGAUGAGCUAGAGGAUGAACUUCCAGUUAUUGCUGCAGACAGUGGAAAAUCCAAGUCACAGGCUAAGCAUGAGAAACCUCCUGCAGCUGAGAGCGCUAAUACUGCAAAGCCUGUCGCAGUUGGAUCGAAGCAAAAGGUGAAGAUAGUGGAGCCAAAGAAAGACGUGAAAACUGUCGAAGAAAUUGGCAGCAGUGAUGAUGACUUUGAAACAGAUUCUUCUGAGUAUGCCUCUGAAUCAGAUGAGGUAAUUUUUAGUCAAAAUUAUCAUUGUUCUUUUCCUAGUGUUCAGCUAAGUAACUUUAAAUUUGAUCCAG